AUAAUUGUCGUCGACAGUCAAUAGUCUGACCGCACUUUUAUACAAACAUAGAUAAGAAAGCGACAGAAAGUGAAAGGGGAUUUUUUAACAGUUGGCGACUUUUGAAAACCAGCAGGAUGUUGAAUUUUUUUAAAUAAAACACUUUUAGGUGUUAAACCAGUUCUGUCGUACAAUUCAUUCGUGUGAAUGUCAACAAUGGCGGAAUCGACUCCUUCAAGUUCUUCGGAAGGCAAUGAAUUGAAUGAAAUGAGCGAACAAAUCCAGCCAGUUCGUGUAACGUUUGAUGAUGUAUCAACAGCUCAGUUUAGAAUCCGAGAUAGUGUGCCUCAAACUCCUUGCGAGUAUUCCAAAAUAUCCGAUGCACUCGGUACUAAUGUGUAUUUCAAAAAAGAUUACCUUUUACACACUGGAAGUUUCAAGGAAAGAGGAGCCAGAAAUGCGCUAAAAAUGCUAUCAGAUGAUCAAAAGAAAAGGGGAGUGAUAGCUGCCUCAGCUGGAAACCACGCCCUUGCUCUAUCAUACCACGGACAACAACUUGGCAUUCCAGUCACGGUUGUCAUGCCGAAGAAUGCACCAAUUAACAAAAUUGCUUCGUGCAGAAAAUACGGCGCCACUGUACACGAGCAAGGGACAGAUCUCAUUGAUUCAAAAAACAUCGCCCUGGAAAUGGCUGCGACAAAAGAAUUGCAAUACAUCAACGGAUACGAUGAUCCCAGCAUCAUAGCUGGAGCCGGAACGAUGGGUCUGGAGAUAAUGCAACAAGUCGAUAAUGUUGAUGCUGUCAUUAUUCCUGUGGGUGGGGGCGGUUUGAUUGCGGGCGUUGCCGUGGCAGUGAAGAAGCUAAGUCCAAAAACCCUUGUCAUCGGUGUCGAAUCGGAGCGCUGUGCAAGUUUUACGGCUGCAAUAAUGAAAGGCGAGCCAGUAAAGAUAGGUGUGAAUCAGGGAAUGACCUUGGCUGACGGUUUAUGCGUUUCAAAAGUUGGCACAAAUGCUUUCCAUACAGCAAAUCCUCUUAUUGAUAGAAUGAUCACAGUAGACGAAGAGUACAUCGCAUUAGCUGUUUUGCGAUUGGCCGAGGAAGAAAAAGCUACAAUUGAAGGUGCUGGCGCAACUGGUCUUGCUGUCUGCCUAACAGAUCUUGUACCUGAAUUAAAAGGAAAAAAGGUUGUCAUUGCUCUUUGUGGUGGAAACAUUGAUUCAAGUGUUUUGGGAAGGUGUUUGGAACGUGGCCUGGCCGUUGAUGGUCGUUUAGUGCGUUUCGUGGUCACAAUAAGCGACAGACCGGGAGGGGUUGCUGAGCUUACUAAACUGGUGGCCAGUGUUGGAGCAAGUGUUAAGGAUAUAUUUCAUGAAAGAGCUUGGUUGUUUUCCAGUGUUUUCAACGUCCAGGUCAAAAUCGUGGCCGAGGUGCGAGACCGUGAUCAUGGGAACAAACUUCAGGCUGCUCUGAAGUUGAAGUACGGCGAAGAAUUGAUUUGGGGUGCUCAUUAUGAAAAAACUCCAUGAUGGAAAUGUUUGAAUGCAUUAAAUUAACCUUUUAUAGAGAAAAACAGUACAAGAAUGGUACAUAGAAAUUAAUUAAAUGCCAUAAUUAGUUAUCACGAUGUAGUAGUUAUUUAUUGUAAACAAGGAAAGCUAUUUUCAGCACGCAGAUCUGCCAGAAGCUGACUUCACGUUCUCCACCAAUCACAUUUCACGCCUUAUGCCUUUAUAACCACUCACGCCCUUCAUGGUUUCAUUACUUUAUCUAGUUGCUAUUUAUAAAAGUUAACAUGAAAUGAUGUGAUUUUAAUAAUUUACUUUCCUCAUUUUAAACAGUACAUGUUUAUAAAAACAAUGUUUCAUAGAAAUAGAAGUCUGCCGUUGUCUUUUAUAGUGUUUUAAAGUGUUUUAAACAUUGCAGUGGGAUUUUCAAGAUUUUAAACAGAAUGUAAACGUAUAGUUGAUAAGUUCGAAAACAUGUUUAAUUUCAUAAAA